AUGGAUAUCAAUCAUAAUAAUCAAAUGAUUCCAUCAAUCAAUGGCAACAACAAUACCAAUGCAUAUGUUAUCAAUCCUAAUAUUGGUAUUGGGGCUAUGGGAUCACCAAUGCCAAUGUCUCCAGUAUUUCCCCAAAUACCCCAACUUCCACUCCAACAACUACAACAACAACUACAACAGCAACAACUUCAGCAACAACAAAUGGUGCUCCAACAAUUGCCACAACAGCCUCAACCUUAUCCACAACAACUUCCUGUACAAUCUCAACAAUUCCCUUUAUCUCCAUCAACCUCAACCAUCCCAAAUAACCCAUUCCAUCAUCAUCUUCAGAUGUUACAACAAAUGCCAAUGGCCUAUAUUAUGGAGUCUGGUAGUGCGGCCACUCCCCAUAACAACACACCUGUAUCAACACCGGAACUUGUCCCAUCCAACCAAGGUACACCGCCAUCUACCCCUCACUCCAGUCCAUUCAAGACCUCCGAUGGCAUGCCCAUGGUGCCACCCUCAUCCCUAGGUAUCCUGGACAGUCCACGACUGGAGUCAUCCUUGACCCAGCCCAACAAGAUGUUCAGGAACUUCUACCAUAACAUUGAGUUCUAUGUGGCUGACCCUGAGGUACAACUGCGCUACCAGAACAUGCGCAUAUACAUUGCAGACACUGUGGGUUACAGUGGCAAUGCCAAGAAGUUCAUCAACAAGCCACAGAUCAAUGAGACUGCCUUGUGCCUGGAUGCCCAGGUGCUCGAUUGCCAGUUCAACCCGCUGGGCCAGUGUCCCUUUUGCAAGGAGUACUUCCAGUCGCGCUUCUACUUUGCCAAUAACCCACAGUGCAAGGAGAAGUUGGUGUUGGUCAAGAGCAACGUGACGACCUACCUCAAGAACGGCUACUUCUCUGCGCAGAUCAAGAUAAUGUGUUGCUCCAAGCAUCAUAGCAACAACAACCUGGUGGUGCAUCUAUGGUUGCGUGACUGUCAGACUAAUGAGGUGAUUUGUUCUGCCGCCAUGUCCUCAUUCAUCAAGCAGUGGAAGAGGAGCAAAUCACCAACGGCCGCCAGCAACAACAACAACCAGAAUGGUAUCAUCAUCAGU